CUUCUAGAACGAUAAAUAACACUUCCUUGCAAAUGUAUACUUCAUAAUAAGCUAAGCUAAGCUAAGUUUAACUGUUUAAGUGGAAUAAUUACAGUAAGUUUAAGACUGUAAUUAUAGUUAAUGUUAAUUUUUUGAAGCUUCUUAGCAGCUUCAUAAAAGAAAUACGGAGUAGUUGCUAUUGUAAAAAAAAAAAAAAUACAAAAAUUCAAAAAUAAAAAAAAUAAAGUGUAGAAUAAUUAAGAUUUAAGAGUGUAAUUAUACUUAAUGUUAAUUUUUUUGAAGCUUCUUAGCAGCUUCAUAAAAGAAAUAGUAGAAUAUUAUACCAUCAUCAUACUCUUACUCUAUAUAUAAGUUCAAAAGGUUUGUUAAAAAUUUCCACAUAACUUUUGAUUCUCUACUUUUAUUUCCCUCUUAAAUGAGCUUCUAAUUAAUUAUUAUAUUUUUUACCCUUGAUAUUUUGAAAGGGAAUAUAUUAUUCAAUCAAUAAGAAGAAUGGUUGGAGUAAAAACAUCCUUGAAAUACUUUGUGGUGGAUGCAUUUACGAGCUCGCCUUUGAAGGGAAAUCCUGCAGUGGUAUUAUUGUUAGAUGAAGAGAAAGAUCAAGAAUGUUUGCAAGCAAUGGCUCAAGAGUUCAACCUGUUAACUUGUUUUGUAACAAAGGUGACAACUUUGAAGGCAUCAAAGACUCCUAGAUAUAACCUUAGAUGGUUUGCCCCUGCUUCAGAGGUAAAAAUUUGCGGCCAUGGAACUAUAGCAUGCACGCAUGCAAUAUUUUCGACGGGGGUAGUCCAGGGAAAUGAGAUUGAAUUUGACACCCUCUCAGGAGUUUUCUUGGCUAAGAGGAUUAUAGAGAAUAAUAGAAGUGGGAGUCAUGAAAUUUCGAAAAAUGAUGAAAUUUUUCAAAAUGGACACAAGAAGUUCUUAAUUCAGUUACGUUUUCCUCUAUAUCCAACCGUUCAACUUGAAUCAAAUGAGAUGAAGUUGGUGCCUCCAUCGCUCAAAGGUCCUUCCACAUUGAAUAUAAUGAAAAUGUCUCGAGAGAACGAUCUCAUUGUUGAGUUGAUGUCUAGCAAGGAUGUAACAGAUUAUAAACCAAAAAUGGAUGAAAUAAAAAAGUGGCCUGGAAGAGGUGUUGCUAUUACAGGAUUAGCUCCACCCGAAUCCGAAUUCGAUUUUUUUACACGUUUAUUUAGUCCCAAUUUCGGAAUUGAUGAGGAUCAAGUAUGCGGGAGUAUACAUUGUGCAGUGGCGCCAUAUUGGAGCAAAAAACUUGGAAAAUCUCACCUCAAGGCAUACAUGGCCUCUCCAAGAGGAGGAAUUUUAAGGCUAAAUGUAGAUACAGAUGCACAAAGUGUGCUUAUUGCCGGUGAAGCGGUUACCGUUAUGGAAGGCUCAUUCGUCGCAUAGACUUUAUUUAUUUUUUCUUGAAACCAAGCUGCGAAUAUCAUUAGAGGAGGUCAAUUUUCACCAAAGUGAUCAAGCUUUGGGGAAACCAGUCGCAUAGAGACUUUAUCAUUAUUUAUUUUUAUUUUGAUGUCUUCUUUUAUUAUUGUUUUUAUUUUUAAGCUAGAGAGUUAUCUGUAUUACGUCCAAUAGGUAUGUAACAAGAGAGCCCUAAUGAAUCAAUGAUAGUAUGUACCAGUAUGUUCAAUGCAUUGCAAAACAUGAAAGUGCAUUAAUAUAUGAAUUUAUUAUGUCAAUUAAUCAUAUUAUAUACUAAAGAAUCACCAGGGUUAUCUUAGAAGUAU